UCCACCUUACUUCCGGACUGUGCGUUCCACAUACAGGAAGUGAGUUUUCAUCGACUGCUUGCUGCCUCGCAGUGUCCGUGGAGAUCAGGGUUACACAGUAGUGAAGAAGAUAUCUGGUGAGUGUGAGACACCCAGCAGCCAUCCUCGUGUGUCAGGCGGACUAAGCACGACCCACAGCCCCAUCACAGUGCCUCCACCUCACUCACUGAUACAUGAGAGACACAGUGACCAGAAGAUCCUGGAACUCACCAACAAGAUCAUUCAGCUGCUGACUGGAGAGGAGGUGGAGUAUAUAGAGGAACACAAGGGUCUUUACAUGGACGUGAUGAUGGAGAAUCACCGGCCCCUCACAUCACUGGAUGGGCCCAGUAACAGAGAUACCCCAGAGAGAUGUCCCCGUCCUCUGUAUUCCGAGGAUUGUACAGAGGAGAAUCACAGGAUCCCACAGGAGGAUCAGGUAGAACGUCUGUCUAAUAUUAAAACAGAAGAUACAGAGGGAGAAGAAGAGACGUAUGUGACUGAUAUAAAGGCAGAAGAUAUAGAGGGAGAAGAAGAGACGUAUGUGACUGAUAUAAAGGCAGAAGAUAUAGAGGGAGAAGAAGAGACGUAUGUGACUGAUAUAAAGGCAGAAGAUACAGAGGGAGAAGAAGAGACGUAUGUGAGGGGUGAUCAGCAGUGUAAGGAGGAGGAGAUCCCUACAGAUAUCAGCACAGGAACUCCAGCUGUGGGGAACGGACACUUUAUUACACAUCACACGUUCUGUAUUCUCUCUGAUUCACCGAGGAUGGACAAGGACAGGAGUCACAGGACUGAGAGGAUAAUAAAUAUCACCCUGGAGAUCAUCUACCUGCUGACUGGGGAGGAUUACACAAUAGUGAAGAAGACAUCCAAUGGGUGUGAGACACCCAGCAGCCAUCCCCAUGUAUCAGGAGGACUGAGAAGAACCCAGAGCCCAAUCACGGUGCCUCCACCUCACUCACUGACACAUGAGAGACACAAUGACAAGAAGAUCCUGGAACUCGCCAACAAGAUCAUUCAGCUGCUGACUGGAGAGGAGGGGGAGUAUAUAGAGGAACACAGGGGUCUGUACAAGGACGUCAUGAUGGAGAAUCACCGGCCCCUCACAUCACUGGAUGGGCCCAGUAACAGAGAUACCCCAGAGAGAUGUCCCCGUCCUCUGUAUUCCCAGGAUUGUACAGAGGAGUAUCACAGGAUCCCACAGGAGGAUCAGGUAGAACGUCUUUCUUGUAUAAAGGCAGAAGAUAUAAGGAGAGAAGAAGAGACAUAUGUGACUGAUAUAAAGGCAGAAGAUAUAGAGGAAGAAGAAGAGACAUAUGUGACUGAUAUAAAGGCAAAAGAUAUAGAGGGAGAAGAAGAGAUGUAUGUGACUGAUAUAAAGGCAGGAGAUAUAGAGGGAGAAGAGGAGACAUAUGCGACUGAUAUGAAGGCAGAAGAUAUAGAGGGAGAAGAAGAGACGUAUGUGACUGAUAUAAAGGCAGAAGAUAUAGAGGGAGAAGAAGAGACGUAUGUGACUGAUAUGAAGGCAGAAGAUAUAGAGGAAGAAGAAGACACGUAUGUGACUGAUAUAAAGGAAGAAGAUAUAGAGGGAGAAGAAGAGAUGUAUGUGACUGAUAUAAAGGCAAAAGAUACAGAGGAAGAAGAAGAGACGUAUGUGACUGAUAUAAAGGCAGAAGAUACAGAGGGAGAAGAAGAGACGUAUGCGACUGAUAUGAUGACAGAAGAUACAGAGGGAGAAGAAGAAACGUAUGUGAGGGGUGAUCAGCAGUGUAAGGAGGAGGAGAUCCCUACAGAUAUCAGCACAGGAGAUGGACACACAAGCAGGAAUAUCUCAGAAGGACAUCUAAUGUUAUCCCCGGAUUGUGACAUAAAAGAUAAUGACAGUAGACAGGAUUCUCCAGGAGAUAACCCCAUUACCCCAAUUAUACAUCCAGCUCUAUCAGCUGAUCCCUCUGAUCCUGGGAAAUGUUCUCCUGAUCACUCUGAUAUUGGUGCAUCUGUUACAGCUCUGAGAGUAGAUUCAGUGUUUCCUUGUUCUAUAGAUGCACCAUGUUUUACACAGAACACAAACCGUAUUACUCAUCAGCCAGCUAAGGCAGGUGAGAGGCCAUUUCCAUGUUCUGAGUGUGGGAAAUGUUUUACAUAUAAAUCAUAUCUUGUUAGACAUGAGAGAAGUCACACAGGUGAGAAGCCGUAUUCCUGUUCUGAGUGUGGGAAAUGUUUCGCAUAUAAAUCAGCUUUUAUUACACAUCAGAGAAGUCACACAGGUGAGAAGCCGUAUUCCUGUUCUGAGUGUGGGAAAUGUUUUGCACAGACAUCAGCUCUUGUUACACAUCAGAGAAGUCACACAGGUGAGAAGCCGUAUUCCUGUUCUGAGUGUGGGAAAUGUUUCGCAUAUAAAUCAGAUCUUGUUACACAUCAGAGAAGUCACACAGGUGAGAAGCCGUAUUCCUGUUCUGAGUGUGGGAAAUGUUUUGCACAGACAUCAGCUCUUGUUACACAUCAGAGAAGUCACACAGGUGAGAAGCCAUAUUCCUGUUCUGAGUGUGGGAAAUGUUUUUCAUUGAAAUCACAUCUUGUUAGUCAUCAGAGAAGUCACACAGGGGAGAAGCCAUAUUCCUGUUCUGAGUGUAGGAAAUGUUUUGCACGGAAACCAGCUCUUGUUAUACAUCAGAGAAGUCACACAGGUGAGAAGCCGUAUUCCUGUUCUGAGUGUGGGAAAUGUUUUGCACACAAAUCACAUUUUGUUAUACAUCAGAGAAGUCACAGUGAGAAGCCGUAUUCCUGUUCUGAGUGUGGGAAAUGUUAUUCAUCGAAACCAGAUCUUGUUAUACAUCAGAGAAGUCACACAGGUGAGAAGCCAUAUUCCUGUUCUGAGUGUGGGAAAUGUUUUGCAUGGAAAUCAGCUCUUGUUGCACAUCAGAGGAGUCACACAGGUGAGAAGCCGUUUUCCUGUUCUGAGUGUGGGAAAUGUUUUGCACACAAAUCACAUUUUGUUAUACAUCAGAGAAGUCACACAGGUGAGAUGCCAUUUUCCUGUUCUGAGUGUGGGAAAUGUUUUUCAUCGACAUCAGUUCUUGUCAAACAUCAGCGAUUUCACAGAUGAGAAGCCAUUUUCAUGCUGUGAGAGAAAUAAAUCUGCUCUUGUUGAACAUAUUAGACAUUACCCAAGUACGGAACCAUUUACGUCUUCUGGAGUAUAAUUAUCACUGCCGUCCAAUGUUCCUCAAGGGUGAAUCCGAUCUCUUAUGCUUUAUAAAAUAUACAUGCUACCACUGGGUGAUAUAAUCAGACAUCAUGGCCUGGUCUACCACUGCUAUGCAGAUGACCUGCUUUUUGCUCCAUGUACUGAGAACCUAAUACCAAUCCUAAAUGGUUGUCUAGCUGAGCGCCAGGGGUGGAUGAUGCCAGUUGGCUGUGACUCAGUCUUUGUGAAACAUAAUAUAAGCUCACCAACAAAAGACAAGACUACAGCUUUACCAAUCAUCUGGAUUUAUGCUUUGGUGUUCAGAAUUGCAAAAUACUGAACAUGUGCUGAAUCUUUGUGUUGUCCUGGUAUGUGGCUGACACAUACAUCAGGUAUCCGCUACAUACAAAUCCUCAUUCUUUCAUCUGUGGACCAUAGCCAGAAUCAAGCACUUGAUUCACUCAGAAGUUCAUAGACUACUGCAAUGCCAUCUACCUGGGUCACCCAGCAAAAGAAUGACAGAGCUUGCAGCUAGUACAGAAUGCAGCAGCCAAGCUGUUACCUAACCAGCCCGUUCCUGCCUCAUAACACCCAUUCUAUACUCCCUUCACCGGCUGCCUGUAAGACGACAAAUCUAUUUCAUAAUUAGCUAAAUGACCUUCCCAGCCCAGCAUUACAUGGUCCAAGGUACUAGAAGCAGCUUCUGCCUCCUUACUGCCCUGCUUGCUGGCAUCUACAGAUGAAGGACUGUUACCAGCAGUACCAAGAAUCUCCUGUCAUUCAUUUAUGGGUUGAACGUUUAGCUUUGACCAUGGAACUCACUGCCUUGCACAGUCCAAGAGGCCUCCACUCUAGAGACCUUCACAAGCAGGCUGAUGACUGUUACUCACGCUUUUCAUUAAUGUACCUCUAUUUACUUCCUAAAUAAUACAUCCCAAAUGCUUAGGUCUUUUUUCUGCUGUUUAUUUUGUAUCUUGUGCUUUGUGUAAAUGUGAGUGUCUAAUGCCAGUUUCCACAAUCUGUAUUGCUGCAUGACAAUAUGGCGGCCAUUGGAACGUGUUUUCACUUCUUCUAGUUUGCCUAACUUGUUGCAGACACUCAUCUUGAUCAGGAGUGUCGAGUGUUUUCUGAUACAAGAUCCUGUCCAUAUAUACCCUGUAUAUUACCAUGUGCAUUAGAGUCACCCGGGUUCCAUCUGCGGUGGUUUGUUGUAUGUUACAUCUAUAUGGUGCGGAUACUCCCCUGUAUGAUUUCAUAAUAAAAGCUUUU